GUUUCGCUAGCUCCUCCACUUUUAACAUAGGCGCCUUCUAGAUUUUGAUUUGUGGUUUCCGAUGGUGGAAUUGAACAUGGACGAAUUGUCUCUUCCUCGAAUUCUCGAGCAGGCUCGGAAAAUACACCAAGCCGCCUCCGAUUCUUCCGUCGAUCCGGUUUCCGUUGAUUGUAUUCACAUGCUUUGGAUCUCAAUCUAGAUGAGCUUAUUGAGUUACUUUUGAUGAUCGGGAUACAGUGAAGAAAGGUUGCGAAUUGUUGAGGAAAUGCGAGGAAAUGAUUGGGAAAUUAGGGUUGUUUUCGCUUAAUGAGACGAAAGAGGAUAUCAGUUCCAUAUUAUCUUGGUGAGCUAACUGAGAAAAUUGCUGAGGAAGAUAGGAUUGAAAUCCUAAAACUUUCACAGGCAAAGCUGAAGGAAUUUUUCUCCUUUUGUGAGGCAAUGGAGCUUGUACCAAAAGAAGAACUAGAAUCAUUUGUCGAAGCUACGGGCAAAACAUUUGCUGAUAAGAGAGCUCAGAAGAUUGCACGCUUUAAACGUCAGAAAGCUGCUGAAUCAAAAUUGCUUGAAAUAAGGGAGCGGAAGGAACGACGGGGCCGUUCAACUAGGGCAUCUGCAUUAUCUACUCCCGUUGAGUCCGGCGAAGAGGAUUUUGAUGACGAUGAUGGGGAAGAGGAGAGGGAGGCAUGGCUGACCACCAUCUCCUUGGCACUCUGCAAGGCAUUUGAUCUACUGGAAAUGUUGAAGAGAGAAGAAGAGAUGCUCCUUUCUGUUAGGGAAAGACAGUCAAAGGAAGGGAAUAAUGAGCUUGCUCAGUCCAUUCUUGAUGAGCGUGCUGAAAUAGCAGAAGCCUGGCAUCGUGAUGCAGCAACAAGGUCUCGAUUUACAAAACCUGCAAUUCCAAUCACCUGUGCUACUUUUGCUCAAGAUGUGAUUGAGGGUAGAGCGACGGUGUCACAGGCUCAUGAACACAAGCAUCAGCCGAUGCUAUUUGGACCUUCAAGCCUUGUCUCCAAAAACCCAACAAGUGAGAGGGAGAGAAUCGCAGCUAAAGUUUUCCAGCCUCACUACAGAUUACCAACCAUGAGUAUAGAGGAAGCUGGGUUAAAGGAGAUGGAAAUUAUGAAUAAGUGGCAAGAAGAUACCAAGAAGUUCAUUGAAGAAGCCAGCACAUCUUGGCACACAGAUAACAGGCUACAAAAGCCAGGUGAGGAUGAAGAUGACGAGGAUGAUGAUGCUGCCCAAGAUAAGGCAAGGGCCUGGGAUGACUGGAAGGACGACAACCCUUGUGGGGCAGGCAAUAAGAAGCUCACUCCAUGCGGCUGAUACUAAUGUUACAUGACUCCAUGUAAUCCACUAGUACAAUUAUGUGACAAAUUUUCUUGUCCAAGUUUCAGUUUUGUCUAAUUAUUAUUACUGUAUUGUGAUGUAUAGUAAGCUUUAUCUGAUGAGUAUUAGAGUGUUGGAGAAACUCCCAUCUUGCCCCAUAAAUUUAUGAUACUGAGACAAGAUGCCAUCAGUGAGGUUUUGAAUUGUACAAGAAAA